UGUUCUCUGUAGAUACAUAGUUCAACUAAAUAUAGUUGUAGGUGGAGAAUAAAUCAUGAGGUGCAGUGCUCAGUUUUGAAAAGGACGCAUAUACAACGAGCUUCCUUUAAUCUUCCCUAAGCUUAACUCUCUUCCUCGAUGACUUUGUCCUUACUGGCUUCCUGGUUACUCAUAACUUUGACAUAACACUCGUCCACUCGCGCACAUCCUGGAAAUUGCCUACCCUGCCACUCCCCCCAUACCUAUCCUGCGUAUCCCUCCAGUCCCUCCCCACCGCGGUCUCAGGCCUCCACCGAAACCCAUACCUCAGCCUUUCCUCCAGCACGCCCUCCAGCGUCUCCUUGAUCGCAACCCCCACAGCCGGCAUCAUCAUAAACCCAUUCCCCGACCCGCCCACGGCCACAACAAGCGACUUGUACUUCGGGUGGCGGUCGAUGAGGAAUUGCCGAUCAGGCGUAUCAGCGUCCCAGCAGAUCCGCGCGAAUACGAAGGGGCGCUCGGCGAUUUGUGGGACGGUCUCGCGGAGGAAUUGGCGUGCAGCACGCUCGGAUUCUACUGGGAUUUGGUGUUUUGCGAAGGGGAUGGAUUUUGCGAAGGGUGAGUUGGGGUCGGUGAUGUUGCAGUAGCCUGGGUGUUCGUCGACGAACUUUAGUUGGCCUGUUGCAUCGGGUUCCUGAUACCAGUCAGUGAUUCACCUAUAUGCAUGGCUGGAAUGAGGGAAAAGGUAGGAUGAACUUACAAUGAAGAACCCGCUGUUAACGUUAAACAGGACUGGCAGAUCCUUCCACAACGCCCUCUCAGCCUCGGCCAUCUGGAUAUGGGCCAGUGUCCACGCAGUCGGGCGCAGCUGUUUCUCAAAGUCGAGUAGCUGGUCGCUGCCGGCCCCAGCGCAGAGGAUAACAUGGUCUGCUUUGUGCUCACGUCCAUCGACUGUCUGUGCACCGGUUACAUCGUCUCCAGCGGUCGAAUAUACAAGUUUCUCAACGGCCCCUUCAUCCCCAGUUACGAAAUUGACACCCAGCCUCGAAGCUUCCUUGUACGCGGCCUCGAGUGCACCCCUCGCGAAAACCCACCCAGCACCCGUCUCGCGGAAGAAUCCCUUCCAACCGGGAAAGUCUCCUGUAAGGACACCCUCUGGCAUUGUGCGGCGGAAGUCCUCGGCGGAGUUGAGAAGCCGGAGCUUGCCCUUGCAUGUACGGAGGUAACCGUCAACAUGCGACCUCGCAUAGUCCUGGCUCGCGGCCAUGAUGAAACCGGUUGGGUGGUAGAAGGGUCGAAAGACCGGGUCAGUUUUCCAAGCACUUGCGGUGAUCUGGUGCAUUCGGUUCCAGACGUAUUGCUCAGGGGUAUCUGCGUCUGAGGGCGCGCCUGGAGGACCUGUUAGGGCUGGCUCGAGUACCCGCAAGAUGUGAACGUGGGUGUGAAUGGAGAUGUCAAGUUUCCAAGGCCCUGCUAGCUAGGUAUUAGCCUAUCUGACCGAUCGAGGAAGGUCCUGCCGAGAGAUGACGGGCUUAUCAGUUGGCUGGCUAUAUUCCGAGCGUCGACGUUGCAUCAUCCUGUUGGAGAAAGCACUCUGUCGACAAGCCGCUGCAUGUAGUACAAGUCCACGCGAUAUCAACGUCUCCAACAACGAUUUUCCCGCAGCCUACAUCAGAUACCAGCCGAGGAAAGGCCCCAUUUCCCCGCACUUCCAGCAAACUACUAAAGCGUUAUCGCCGAUCUGACCCCAAGUCCUGCAGACCAAGCUUUGAAACAAGCUUAGCCCCUUCUCUUGGACCUUCCUCGCGAAUAGACUUUAUCUUCUCCGCUUCACGCAGGUAGAUACGGCUAUCUAUGGCGUUCUUGUUGUCGCCAACGAGGUACUUAAACGAGUUAUGGUCCGGUUAUAGAGUGAACAUGAUCAUACUAUCAGCUCAUCUUUUCUCAUUUACUGAUACAAGUGAUCAUGGAUGACAUUUCACAGUCCGAGGUUCCGGGGACCAUCUUUAUUGUUGGCACGGAUACAUCAAAACUAGGGGAACCCGACGCCACUACGUCAAACAACAUUGUCCUCGUUCCCCGUCCACUCGAGACAGCACGAGACCCUUUAAACUGGCCCAAACGCAAAAAGCUAUGGACCCUCUUUCUAGCAACCCUCUUCGCGACCGUCGUCGCUUACGGCGAGAACAACCUCGGCGCCCCCUGGACCGAAGUGGCCGAGGACAUUGCCGUCUCGAUGAAAGAUAUGAACGGCGGGAGUGCGCUCAACUACCUCCUGCUGGGCUUCGUCAACGUCCUCUGGAUUCCGACGGCCAUGAAGUUGGGGAGGAAGAUUGUGUAUAUUUCCAGCAUGACGAUUAUCAUGCUUACAAGCGUGUGGAGUGCGUAUCUGCAUGGGGUUGUGCAGUGGUAUUUGAACUCGUUGGUUGGGGGAAUUGGGCAGAGUGCGUAUCAGGCGCUGAUUCAGCUGACGGUCUUUGACGUAUUCUUCGCUCAUCAGCGAGGAACCAUGCUCGCUGUGUAUGUCUGGGGCCAGCAGCUGGGCUCCAUCCUUGCUCUGAUCCUUGGUGGGUAUAUUGCCGAGGGACCAGGCUGGAGAUGGAGUUGCAAGAUUGUUGCUAUACUAAGUGGCACCGUGGUUCUCUUGUUCAUCUUUACCAUGGACGACUCUCUCUUCCCCCGUCAUGCUCUGGCUAGAAGCACUGCUACCCACUCCACUAUUUCCCAAGCAACACUAAAUGCUCAACCAACAGGUGAUGAUACCAAGAAAGAACCAUUCACCAACCUCACACGCGAGCCCACUCUCGCCCAAGGUAGAACAGACCUCCUCCCACGCAACUACCUCCACGUCCUCUCGCCUAUUCACCGCUGGAAAGAGGACAAGACGACAUGGUGGCAGUACUUCCGGCGCCCGUUCCACCUGUUUGCAUUUCCAAACAUUAUUAUGGCCGGCCUGAUCUACGCCUUCGCAAACACAGCAGGCAUCGUCUCCUUCAACACCAUCUCCGAAAUCAUGACUGACGACCCUUAUAACUGGUCCACCGGCCCAACAGGCCUCAUGUUCCUGGCCGCCCUCGUCGGCUCUUUCAUCGGAAUGGCCACCGGCGCCCUCGGUGACUACCUAACCCUUCAUCUCGCGCGCAAAAACAACGGCUACAAAGAGCCCGAGAUGCGCCUCUGGACCCUCGCGCCGGCCUUCGUCUACGGCGCGGUUGGUUACUUCAUGUACGGGUGGGCGGCGUCGGAGGGCAACUCCUGGGUGCUCAUUGCUGUUGGCCUGGGCGCCAUGAUCGCGCAGCAGGUCUCGGCGGCGAGUGUCGCGACGGCGUAUGCGAUGGAGUGUUUUGAGGGGAUCUCAAGCGAACUAGUCGUCGUCCUCGCAAUCUGCUCCUCGCUCGUAAACUUUGCAAUCUCCUACUCCGUCCAGCCCUUCAUUGAGGCUACGGACUACGGGCGCACUUUCACGUGUUUUGGCGCGCUGGUCCUGGCUAGUAUGGCCAUGGCAGGCGUCGGAGUGCGUUAUGGGAAGAGCUGGCGCAGGAGCUGUGCGGGGAGGUAUUGGAGGUUUGUCGAGGAGGGGGUUGCGAUUGGGGCUAGUUAGACAGGAGGGGGAUUAAGUUGGAUUGGAUGUGAUGGGGUAGGAUGGAGCGGGGGUCUGUGAUUCAAGUACGGGUGGUGGAAGUCUACUCCAUGCCAGCCAUACGCUUGCGCUGGGUACUGUAUGUAUCACUUUUAAGUCGUUGCUAAGCCAUAGUAAUAGCAUUGAUUUUGUGCGUAUGGGC